AAAGUUCCAAGAACAUAUAUGAACUUGAGGGAAAAGAGGUUGUAGCAGUUUAUUUCAAGAGAAUGUGGAUAUUUGGGUGGAAAGGGGCUUCUGGGUUUUCAGCUCGCUCUACAGCUGAGGAUGUCACACAAGGGAUUGAUGGAACUGGCCUUACUGCACUUGUUACAGGAGCUUCAAGUGGUCUUGGUUUGGAGACAACACGUGUUCUAGCACUGCGUGGUGUUCAUGUUGUCAUGGCAGUAAGGAAUACAGAUACGGGUAGGAAUGUCAAAGAAUCAAUACUUAAGGAAGUUCCCACUGCCAAGAUUGAUGUCAUGGAACUAGACCUCAGCUCAUUGGCAUCAGUGAGAAAAUUUGCAUCAGAAUAUAAGUCAUCUGGACAUCCAUUGAAUAUCCUGAUUAAUAAUGCAGGUGUUAUGGCAACUCCAUUCAUGCUUUCACAUGAUAACAUCGAACUGCAGUUUGCAACCAACCAUUUAGGUCAUUUCCUUUUGACAAACCUUCUAUUGGAUACCAUGAAAAAGACAACAAGUGAAAGUAAAAAAGAGGGAAGAAUUGUGAUUGUAUCAUCAGAGGCUCAUCGAUUUCCAUACAGUGAGGGAAUUCGCUUUGAUACAAUCAAUGAUAAAUCAGGGUACAACAGUCUGUAUGCUUAUGGACAGUCAAAGCUAGCCAACAUAUUGCAUGCUAGUGAGCUCGCAAAACGCUUGAAGGCAGAAGGGGUCAAUAUAACUGCUAAUUCCCUUCAUCCUGGAUCGAUUGUUACCAAUCUUCUACGACACCAUAGUUACAUUAAUGUUGUUGCUAAUAUGAUCGGAAAAAUCAUGCUUAAGAAUGUUCACCAGGGAGCUGCAACUGAAUGCUAUUUGGCAUUGCAUCCGCAAGUGAAGGGUGUCACUGGUGAGUAUUUCAUGGACAGCAACACUGCCAAUCCGACGGCUUUGGCUAAAGAUGCAGAAUUGGCAAAAAAGCUAUGGGACUUCAGUUUAAGCCUGACAGAGCCAAAAUAAUAUUGGUACAAGGCUUCAACUAGUCUCAGUAGAUUCUGUUGUAAAUCAUAAGUCAAUGUACUUUUUUACUGGUCUGAGUAGCCCCUGAAUCGUUGAAUAACCAUGUAAAAUACAAAGCUGUGGAGACGGCACAUGAGCAAUAUGUUGAUUUGAAACAUGGCACUGGUGAAUUGGUAAUAAUCUAUUAAGUAAUACUGGAGGUCUAAUUAAGCAAAUGAAGGGGUUCAAGAUCCAAACUUUAUUGUUAUU